AUGACAUCAAUAAUUACGAUUCUGACAAUAACAUUGAUUGAAUGUGUAUUUGGAGUAAUUUAUGUUGAUCUAAAGAAUUUUAUUGUUCCUAAUGGAGUGAAUGUAUUUCAUGGUAGAUUCAAUUCCAAUGGCGUCUAUAAAUUGAUCAUUUAUCAACCUAAUAGUAUUAAACUCGUUAAAUUUGGAGAUUGUAUUCUUUUCCCAAGGAGUUUUGUUUCCAAAGCACAAAAAUUUUUAGAUUAUAAAUUGGCAAUAGAGUUAUUUUUAGAUAAUUCAAAUAAAUUCGCUUUAAUUCAUAAAUUCACUUCUAAUCUAGACUCCUCUUUUACCUACCAAAGAUUUUCGUUUAAACUUAAUCCGGAUUGCUUCACUUUUAUUACAAUUGAUCAGUUACUAACUCAUAUUGAAACAGAUGUUUUUUUAUCUUUCGAUGUUUCAUCAAAUCACUGUCACCCAUUCUUAAAAGUUACAACACAAAUGCUUAAUGAAAACGAAAUAAAGCUUUAUUCUAUAACUGAUAGAUUUUACAACGUUAAAUUUAACGGAAUAGAGGCACCCAAAUACUCCAUUGGAUCGGUAUACGAUUCAAAAUUUUCUGCAGCAGUAUGUUACAACAAAAUAGACGUGUUGACUUCAUCUUGUAUUAAAAUUGCAAUUUUCAACAGGAACUCUAAAAAAAUUGUUCAAAUCGAUAAUGGGUUCAAGCUUGAAUUUAGUUUAAGAAAAUUUUUAGGUGUUAAAUACUGGUUUUUAACCAAAAAAUCGACAGAUCCUGUUCAUGAUAUACGAAUUCAUUCAGCUAUUUAUCUUUAUGACAUGAUUCACAGCAGCCCUGGUGUUCUACCGAUAGUAUUGGAUAUAUCAGAAAAUAUCAGUCCUGACCUAUAUGGAAUAGAAAAAGUUAUAGGAAUGGCAGAUGAAUGGACUUACACAUUAUAUAAAGUUAAAAAAAGCCACCAAAAAGAUUAUGCUAUCAGGUCAGUAGUUGAAACAUGGACAAACGUUAAUAAAAUUUACACGCCAAAAGAAAAUGAUCAACACCUUUACGUAGAAGUUUUAAGAAAUGACAGUAAAACAAUGUUAUUUAUGUUUUCAUACGUGAAGGAGGACCUUGGCUUGAAAUUAAAGUACGAAAUACUCCAAAAAUCAAGCGGUGAGGAAGAAUAUACGAAAUUGAACGAAGAACAAUCAAAAGUGGCGAUGGAUGAAUUUAAGAAAAUAUAUCCAAUAAAAAUAGAUGUUACAGUUGAAGAGGAACCAAACUCAUUAUACGAAAAGAGGGAGUUGUACAAUGAAGAAGAGGUCUUUCAUUAUCUUUCAAUCAAAGAAACGAACGAGUUAGGAGAAAACAUUACUGAAAAAUACAGAAUUGGAAAUGUUUAUGGAUUAUAUCAAUACGAAGUUGGAAAUGUUGAGAGUGAAGAAUACAGGAAAAAAAAGACAAUGAUAGAGGGAAACAUUAAUAAAAAGGAGAUAAUAAUUAAAAAGGUUGAAAUAGAAGAUAUAAAUAGAGAAAAAUAUGAAAUAUACGAACCAAUAAAUUAA